UUGGAGUCCAGGGAUUACUGGCUGGACAAUUCGCAGGAUAUUAACGUCCUCGAGGCCCAAGCUUUGCUGUAUUCGCUGCUUUCGUUUAGGAAACACCUUACCUCUUCAAGAGUGGACGUCUACACCGACAACCGCGUCUUGAAGUCUGCGCUGGAGAAUGGAGGCUGCAGGAGCUCCGAAGUUAACGGCGUUCUUAAAGACAUUUUUCUUUCCUGCAGGGAAAACAAUUUUAGCCUUGAUGUUUACUACGUUCCGUCAGGUGAAAAUCCGGCUGACCUCCCUUCCCGAAGCCGAUCGGAUACGGAUUGUAUGUUGUCAAAUAGCGCUUGGGAGCAAGUCGAACGACUUUUUGGGCCCCACACGUUCGAUCUCAUGUCUUUGGAUAGUAACUGCCAACGCAAUAGGGUAGGUCUGCGCUUGCCGCAUUUUACACCUUGUGCAACUCCAGAAUCUAGCGGUAUCAACGUCUUCGCCCAUUCUCUUCCUUUGGAUCACAAUAUCUAUGUGUUCCCGCCAUUUGUCCUUAUAGCCCCCUUUCUAAAGUACGUCUUGGAGCAGGAUUUUCACGGCGCUUUUACUAUUGUAGUCCCUGACCUGAAGCCUCGGCGUUUCUGGUGGGCGUUGCUGCAGUCACUCGCUGUCGAUCGUGCUCUAUUGGGAAGGAAGAACGAGGUUCCAUUUUGUGGUACCCUUCUCAGGGCGGUCAAGGAUGGUCUUUAAGGAACUUGCAGUGGGAUUUAUGGGCUUUCCGCUGUGUUUGCUAAAUUUACCAGUUUGCAUCUUUUUAGGUGGCGCGUCCAUGGAAGCCCGCCCGUCGCUGUUCUGCCUGCCUUUACCCCAAUGAUUCGGAUGCAAAUUAUUGUCAAGCCUGUGGUACUUUAACAAGACCUCAAUGUACUGCUGCGCCCGUCCCUCCUGUUGACGAAACUGCGAUCCAGGAGCCUUUCGAUGAAUUUCAGUCUGUUUUCCGCUCGAAGCCUUACGAACGACAGAAAUCAGCGUUGGAGCAGCAACUUUUCAAGUUCCUGGGUGCUCUCUCUCCCCCGAGGACUGUGACGUCAUGUACUGCACAAGACAUUGUUAAAUUUCUUAUUUCUAAGGAUAAGUCAGGUAGAACUGUGGUUCACUCGCUCUCGUGCUCUAAAAGGGAUUGUAGUUGUCCGAAACGCUUACACGGGACGAAAAAUUGGAUUUACUGCACUUUUGACACGCGUCAAAAGUUAAGUCAAAUAUGCUAUUGGCUUUGACUUCACCUUUGACGCGCGUCAAAGAUGUCGCCAAAUAUAUAAGCUCUUUGCUUACUCCUUUGACCUCGGUAAAGGUGAAGUCAAAUUGGUAACAACUUUGACUUCUCCUUUGACGCGCGUCAAAGAUGAAGUCAAAUGAAUCAAUGCUUUGCUAUGCCUUUAACCCUUAUCAAAGUCGUUGUCAAAUAUGCUGGUAACUUUGACUUUACCUUUGACGCACGUCAAAGAUGAAGUCAAAAGUGUAGUCAGCUGUGACCACACCUUUGAUACUAGUCAAAAAUGAAGUCAAAUACGACCGCUACACUUUUACAACACUCUUGAAUGGUGCUGAAAAGUGAGAGCAAAUAUGCAAUGAAUUACGUCUAUAAACACUUAUGUCGAAACUGAUAUUGAGAAAGGAAAUUAAAAAGCUGUAUUUGAAUACUGUUUUAAAGAUAUUUAUACGACAAUACCGAACACGGGCGGGUAAUCAUUGUAAUUGCUGUUUUAUAAUUAUUUUUGAAAAUGUUCUAGAAUAUGUACUUUUUCGAAGUGGUUUUUUUUUGUCUUAUCUUGAGUUGAUCAUUUUCUCCUUGAUCGAUCAAUAUACCAUGUAAUGACAGCGACGCAAAACAAUGACUCAACAACUGGACGAUGGAAGACUGAACCCAAGCAAGACACCCUGUUUUUGGCGCGAAAUUGUCGCGGCUGCAGACUCUCUCCGCCCGCGCAAACAAACAAACUACGCAGAUCUGAAGAAAACAAAGCUGCUUUUUUGUACGAAGCAGUCCAGCUUUUGUUAACAAAUAUUUUCACCCUUAUCUUUGAUAUAGUUUAGACCACAAACUUGUUCAAAAGGUACGUGUCAUUCUUUUCUAUGUGUUCAUGCAAUAGUUGUUCCUCAAACUUCAGAGUUGUUUUACUGUGUUAAGCUUACGGAAACCAACUCUGAACAGGCGUGUAUGUCGUGCUUGGGAACUUUUCUGAUUGUUAAAUCUGUUUCAGUAAACUAUAAAAAAUUUUCUAUAUCACAGUAGAGUUUACAUUAGAUCAAGCCCUUUUUUCUUAAUAGGGUUAGUGCAUUUCUGCAAAAGUAAUAGCUGGCUUAUAUUUCACAAUGCAAUUCAAGUCAAAACUCCAUGCGAGAACCUACUAACAUCAAGAUUUUAAACAAACUCUGGUUUUUCUAACAGUUAUACUUAACUACGAAAACUACUUCAGGGUAAUGAAAUAAUAUAAGACUUACAUAUACUUUUUUUCAUGAACAGUGUACUUCAAUAAAAAUAUCUGUACCAGACUUUGAUGGGCAUAUUACUGAGGAAAGUGCAUAAGCUUAUUUGAACAGGAUUCAGUGCGGUUUAUCAAACAAAGAAGUGUGGUUAUUUGAAGACUUCGGAUGUUUUACAGACGUGAGCAUCUCUUUCUAUUGAUUUUUCUGGGUUCUAUACGUAAUGGGGCUCAGGCUGCUUAAUUUUUAAAAUAUUCCAUUGAUUUUUGUGCCACCACAGUGGCAGCUAGGUAUGUUUCAACAUUUAAUAAUAAUCAUUCAAACAUACCAAGCUGUCCCUUCUUUAUUGUGACUGGACAAUAACUUUAAAAAUAGCCUGCGUAGCGAGCUUUUCCGCAAGAGACUAAGUUUGUAGAGGGCGAAAAAAGAGGAAGGAGGGGCCGGGAGGGGCUAACUCGAGCAAUAACUCUGUUGGAAACGCUUGUUAUGCAGGCUAGGUAUAAUGUAAAGUGUUUCUUUAGUUUAAUUUUAAGCUUUGGGCAUGGAGGGAAAUUUUCAUUGAAUUUUCCUGAACUUAAUUAAGUGAUAAUAAGGCUCGAUUCAAACGUCAAAUUUCACAAAUGACGAACUUAAUGACAAUGCAUGUACACGAAAUGUAAUGUUCCCAUUCAGAAGCAUUAGGUUCGCUACACAUUUUUAACCGGGUCUUUAAGUUUUGAUAAAGGUAAAGAGAAAGGGGAAUUUUCUGCAGGAAAGGAGCGAUAGUAAAAAGGGAGUGGGGCCGAAAAAUUUAUUUGAAACACUACGACUGAAUUUUUUAUCUCAAAUUGCAAAGUGAUAAGUCUCCAGUGGAACGAAACACACAACAGAGGAAGAUUGAAGUUAAAUACAUGGCGUUUGUCUUUCACUUACAUCAAGAAUCAAAAGCACUCUAGAAUGAAAAUCUUCGCAAAGAUAACAUCAAGACAGAUGGCCUCCUGAUCAAGAACAUUUCUUACUUACCAUGAUUUUUGCACUGGCUUCCGUGAAAGAAGUGUUUUAAACUAUUUUGCAGGUUGCCGUCUGUGACAACAGCGUGUAUCUGGAACAUUUAUAGUGCUUCAAAAAUUUGCGGCAGUCAUUAUGAUUGUCCAUCGACAGACUGCAAUGAGUACUUUAGACAAUAAAUCGUGAAAAGGUUUUAAAAAAUCAUUUAUAUGCGUUUAAGUUUUAAUCGAAAUUAUUCAGCUUUGUAAUCAUCUAAUGAGGUUUUAGGACAAUAAAGUACAAGAUUAAGAACUCAGUCUCUUAUCUGUCCAUCUUUUUAAACGGUAUCCAGGUCGCAAUUGAAUUUGAUUGAAAUCUCAAGUUGGAUUCUAGUCUGUAUAUCAAGCGCUUAUGACUAGCGAGGCAAUAACGCGGCAUUCGCGCGAAGCGCGAGGCGAACGAGGAAUUCACGCGAAGCGCGAGACGAGCGAGAGGCGCGAUGCGAGGGGAGGAAAAAAACCAAACAUAUUUGGCAACACCUUUAUUAAACCUUUGACUUAAAUCUCAGACGCAUUUGACGACAACUUUGUCACACAUUUGACCUGAGGCUCAGACACAUUUGACGACACUUUUCACAAGCCUUUGACUUUAAUCACAGACAUAACUUUACCGCGCUUUUGUCACACCUUUGGCCUGAAUCUCAGACAUAUUUGACGACGCCUUUGAUAGGGGUACAAAUGCUAAUGAAACAUACCUUUGACGCGCGUCAAAGGUAGGGGUUAAAGGCGUGACAAAAACGGCCUUUAUCGCCUGAAGACUCGCCUUUGACCGUGAGCAAAGGUAAACAUUUGUCACGCGUCAAAGUUGUACAAAGGUGUGCAAAGGUGGCCUUUAUCACCCGUUUGACUUCAUCUUUGACGUUCGGUAAAUCCGUUUUUUCGUCCCGUGUUAGCAGCGGGGUCAGUUGACUCCACUCUCGGUCGUUUGAGAGCUAUUUUCAAUAAGCUGGGGCGCGCUAACGACUCCAACCCUGUUACCCAUCCCCUAGUUAAGGAUUACUUAAAGUUUGUUAGGGAAGAGCAGGCGGGUUUGGCUAUUACGCCUUCUCAAGCGGUCCCAUUAUUUUUCGGGAAAUUUCAGCGGUUAAUUGCUCAUCUCCGGGAUUUGUGUUCCAGCAGCGUAUCCCUUUCUAGCGCGGGUAAAUACCUCCUUGUAAGGGAUGCUACCUUUUUCAUUGUGGAUUUUUUCACCGGCGAUAGGGCUUCGGACCUCGGCCGCCUUCAAUCUUGUAACGUGUUUCGGUUAAGAGACCGGGAGGGUUUUUUGCUUAGAUUUACCCUCACCAAGAAUUUGCGCAAGGGACCCCCCCGCUCUCUCGCUUUGAUUAAAUUCACUCACUCUGAUGUUUGUCCAGUCGCAUGGUUUCAGUAUUACAUCACGGUUUGUCAGUGCCUCAAGGUGCCUUUAGAUCAGGGGUACUUUUUUCGGACCGCAGAGCGUAGCGGAUCGAUAGGGAGCAAGCCUUUUACGGGCUCUGCUGUGAACAACAGGCUUAGGAAGCAUCUUUCGGAGGCUAAACUCUAUGCCGGGGAAACUCCGCAUAGCUUUAGGGUGGGCCUAUCCAAUACCCUCAGGCUGCUGGGUUGUUCUGCGGAGGACGUUGCUCAUUACCUGGGUUGGAAAAGUGGGGAGGUCGCCAAGCGGUAUAUGCAGGGCUCGGACGCUACUGUAUCUCUUACGCUUCUAGAAAAGGUUUUCCCAAGGGCAGCUUCUGGGACAGUUACCCCGGUUUCACACCCAGAUAAUUUGCAGGCGGCUGUCUGA